GGGCGGUGAGGGCCGCAGUGCCGCCGCCAUGGGGCAGGACCAGACUAAGCUGCAGGUGGAGAAGGGGCUGAGGCUGUAUCAGGCCAACGACACGGCGCGGGCCCUGGAGGUGUGGGACCGGGUCCUGGAGCGGAGCAAUGACCCGCUCGGCCGCUUCCGAGCUCUCGGCUGCCUGAUCACCGCGCACUCGGAGCGGGGCCGCUACCAGGACAUGCUGCGCCUGGCCGUGCGGCAGGUGGAGGAGGCGCAGCGGCUCGGCGAGCCCGAGGCUCUGAGCGAGGCCUACCUGAGCCUGGCCCGGAGCAACGAGAAGCUCUGCCACUUCCACAAGGCCGUGUCCUACUGCCGGCGCUGCCUCGGGCUCCAGACCGCCCUCGGGCCGCUCCAGGGGCAGCUCUGCCUCAGCCUCGGCAACGCUUACCUCGGCCUCAGCAGCUUCCACCAGGCGCUGGAGUGCUAUGAGAAGGCGCUUCGCUGCGCUCACUCCCGGGACGACAAGAUGCUGGAGACGCGGGUCUGCUGCAGCCUCGGCGGCCUCUACACACAGCUCAAGGACUAUGAGAAGGCGCUGUUCUUCCCGUGUAAAGCCGCCGAACUCGUCAGCGACUACGGCAAAUGUUGGAGCCUGAAGUACCGCGGAAUGAGUCAGUACCACAUGGCCGAGGCCUACAGGAGGCUCCGCCGCCUCGGGGAGGCCAUGGAAUGUGGGGAGGAAUCAAUGAAGAUUGCACUGCUGCACGGUGACCGGCCCCUGCAGGCCCUCUGCCUGCUCUGCUUCGCUGACAUCCACAGGAACAAUAACGAUGUUGACGUGAGGCAUUCAAUAUGAUUUC